AUGGAAAAUCCGAACAACCAACCGUCCGACACGGUUGGAUUAACGGAAGAUCCACCCCCGCCACCGUCGUCCUCGAAUUUGGAUCAAUCAACGUCGGAAUCUUUGGGGGAUUCUUCGGGACGACGAAAGCCGGCUCAUCCUCCGCUCUCGCCUCUCACCGGAUGUUAUUUGCUCAUCGUCAUCGGGGAACCUCAUUCCGAGAGGCACAAGGAAAUCAUUCUGCAAAAGAUUGCUAAAGAAGAGGAAAAAAAGAUAAGAUGCACGGGAAUGAUAUAA